AUUCUCCCACCCCCACCCCCUCUUUCUGUCCCUCUCAGUCUCUCUCCAGCUUUAGCCUGAAAACUCCAUACACCUCACUGCACAAAGCCUCAGGGCUCAAGCUUCCAGCUGCUCAGUUCGCUGCACGCUUGGCCACCGGGUAGCCCGGGGAAGCACACCCGCAUCCCCUCAAGCCCUAAUCCUUCGCUCCCCAUUGGGCCCCCAGGCCCCCGCCCUCCUCCCAUCCUCCUCUUUCUCUCGGCUGCCUGGGAGUGGCGUCAGCACGCCCGCCGGGCGUGGGGUUUAAAUGCCCACUAGCGGGAGCCGGGACGCUUCUGUCCCGGAGCGCGGUCUGGGCUGGAAUUGCAGGGCCGGGAGGGGAGCGUGCGAGCGGGAUCCAGAGCCGCGGAGCGCGCUACCCCUCGCUCCGCCGUGGAUGACUCCGGAGCACGGGUCCAAGUACCGCCCAUGCAGCAUCCCUGCGCUCAACAGUCCGGGAGUUAAUGAUAAAACCCUUAACUGUCUCCGCUGCGGGGAGCCAUGAGCUGUCUGGAUGUUAUGUACCAAGUCUAUGGUCCUCCGCAGCCUUACUUCGCAGCCGCUUACACCCCCUACCACCAGAAAUUAGCCUAUUACUCCAAAAUGCAGGAAGCCCAAGAGUGUAACGCCAGCCCCAGCAACAGCAGCGGCAGCUCCUCCUUUUCCAGCCAAACUCCGGCCAGUAUAAAAGAAGAAGAAGGCAGUCCGGAGAAAGAGCGCCCACCAGAGGCGGAGUAUAUCAACUCCCGCUGCGUCCUCUUCACCUAUUUCCAGGGAGACAUCAGCUCCGUGGUGGACGAGCACUUCAGCAGGGCCCUGAGCCAGCCUAGCAGCUAUUCCCCAAGCUGUACAAGCAACAAAGCACCGAGGAGCUCGGGGCCCUGGCGUGACGGCUCCUUCCCGAUGAGCCAGCGCAGCUUCCCCGCCUCCUUCUGGAAUAGCGCGUACCAGGCGCCGGUGCCCGCGCCGCUGGGCAGCCAGCUGGCCGCCGCGCACUCGGAGAUGCCCUUCGCCACCGCCGACCCCUACUCGCCGGCGGCGCUGCACAGCCACCUGCACCAGGGUGCGGCGGAGCCCUGGCACCACGCGCACCCGCAUCACGCGCACCCGCACCCGCACCCUCACCCUCACCCUCACCACCCCUACGCCCUGGGCAGCGCCCUGGGUGCCCAGGCCGCCGCCUACCCGCGGCCGGCAGCGGUGCACGAGGUCUAUGCGCCGCACUUUGAUCCGCGCUACGGACCGCUGCUGAUGCCCGCUGCCUCAGGGCGCGCAGCUCGCCUCGCGCCCGCCCCGGCACCCGCGCCCGGCAGCCCGCCCUGCGAGCUCUCCGCCAAGGGCGAACCUUCCGGCGCCGCUUGGGCCGCACCUGGAGGACCCUUCGCGAGCCCCACGGGGGACGUGGCCCAAGGUCUGGGCCUCAGCGUGGACUCAGGUAAGUCGGAGAGGGAGCUUGACAGACAUAGGCCCCUCUUGUCCUAUGCCUCACCCUGGACUGAACUCUGGACCCCCUUAGUUCUCUUUGGAUACCCCAGUGACACUGUAGUGCGAACGUCUGCAUGGCGGGGUUGCGUUUCAGUAGACAGAUGACUCUGUGCCAUCUGUGGGGGCAAGAUAAGAAUGUAGGACCCUGCCGUACCCUGAUCGGUAAAUAUUAGAGGACUUUAAAAUUUAAUAAAAUUUUAUUAAAUUUGUUGGAAAGAUUCUAGCUCUGCGCUGUUCAGUUCUGUAGCCACUAGCCACGUGUAUCUGCGGAGCACUUGAAAUGUGGCUAGGCCCUACUGGAUGUCUCUAUAAGUGUAUAAUACAUUCUGGAUUUAAAAACUUUGUCCAAAAAAAUGGUAAAAUUCAUCUCCCUAAUAUUUUUAUUGAUUGCAUGUUGAAUUAUUUUAAACACUGCAUAUUGGAUGUAUUGGGUUAAAUAAAAUAUGUCACUAAGAUUAAUUUUCACCUGUUUCUUGUUACUUUCCUUCAAUGUGGCUGCUAGAAAAAUGUGGCUCCCAUUGUGUUUUUAUUGGACAGCGCUGAUCUAGAGUAACUGCUAAGAGUAGUUUAAAAUUCUCUACAUCUUGGGGAAGGUGAGUCUUAUGACCUAGUGACAAUUAUAAGGAAAGAAAAAUACGACUCUGAUAUCAACUUAAUUGCCAAAUUAGAUAAAUCUCUUAAAAACGUAAAACUUAACAAGAAUACGGUUUAAAAGAUAAUAUUAAGUUUCUGACUUAAAGAGUUGAAUUUGAAAGGUACAUUCAAAUAAGGGUUUACUUUUUGCUUGCUUUAGUUUUAGGACAAAUGAAAAAAAUAGUUAUAAAUGCAAUCUUUGGCAUGUAGUCUUGCCCACUGCUCCUUCCGUCAGGUGAAGGUUUGACAUUUCUGUUGACUUUGCUUUUACUUUCAUUCACGCUCUUUAGAUGAAUUCUGUGACUUUCACAGUAAGACAGUGGUGUUUGUCUUUCUCUUUCCUUAAAUAUCUUGUGCCUUCCCUCUCCCACCCCUUUCUCUCCUCUCUCUCCUUCUCUUCUCCCUCUCUUUCUUUUAUUUUCUCUCUGCUUUCAGGUUUGCAGCCUCAGGACAAAAGCAAGGAUCUGUACUGGUUUUAGACAACCCACCUUCUCCCCUGUAGGUCUCUGCCUAGCGCACUUGGUGACACUCAGAGCUGAAUCGAGUGGGUUUGUAACAGCUUCUGAUCUUGGU